AUGAUUCACGAUAAUGACAACAACCAACCAAGAACAGGAACACCUUCAUCAAAACGAAGGUCCUCCUCCUCUAUUAGAUUCAAAUCACCCGUUUCCGAAACUUCUCCUCCGUCAUGUUAUUCCUCUGGGAUGAGUAAUAGUUCCAACAGCAGUUGCGAUUUGGCUAAUAGUGAAAGUGAAACUUCUUUAAAUCAAAUUGGAAUAUAUUUGGCAAAUUCAGGUUCAAUCAUUGAAAAUAAUGACUCUCUAGAACCCAUUUUCAAGAGAGGUAUUGACGUGAUUGAUUUUGUCGCAAGGACUCUUAAUGUUCAUUCCGAUGUGGUGUUAAUCAUUGAUAGAAAUGGAAAGAAACUGAAAAACGACUCCAUGUGCUCGGAAAUGUUUAAAAAUAGUGAUCAGUUAUUUGUGUUUAUCGCCAAGAAUUGGUUAGAUACAACUCUCAAAGAAUGUAUGGAAAUCAAGGAGCAAUCAAAAAAGAGUAUCACCCAUGAUGAACAACGAUUAUUUCAAGAUUUGUUAGAUUGUUGCAUGAAACAAUACGACGCUAUUCAAGCAAUAGUGAAAUAUUUUAAUUCCAUGAAAGACAAGGCUCAAGAAAUCACUGAGUCCAUUAAGAAGAGAAUUCCUGAACUAACGAAAAUGAAUCUCUCUAAAUUGAAAAAUAUUUAUGUGAAUAACAAUAUUACAAAUAUGGGACACCCAAAAUCACUUAACGAACAUUUCAAUAAUGUACAAGAGCAAAUGAAAACAUUUAUAGAAAAAUUUAAUCCAAGAUUGGAAGAGUUGAAUAAGAUCUCUUUUGGCAUUUCCUUGAACACAGACAAAAUUGAAAAUUUGUUUUUAGAAAUGACUGCUACACGAGAUGAUCCUGACAAAUGGAUGAACUGUAUCAUAGAGCUGCGAAGUACAUUGAACACUAUACUAAUGUCAGACGUUUAUCAACAAUUUUUGAAUUUAUCCAAACUGAGUCACACUCAGAGUAUUUUAUCCCAUUUUUAUCCUCGAUUUAAGGCGAUGGACCAUAUGGAUGAUAUUUAUAAUUUGACUCUUCUAGAAUUGCAUCAACGAAAUUUAUUUUGUGGAAGACUCCAAACAACCAUUGAUGAGCUGAAUAAACUCAUCAGACAGGAGAAUGAAAGGAGGUCCUCAUUCACAGCCAUGAUCAAAGAUUUUGAAAAAACGCAUGCUUAUCGAUAUCUAUGCUCUCUAGUUCCUCAACUGAGUCAUCGUGUGCAAGAGAUGGAACAACAAUGUAAUCAAACACCAGAUAUUGUACUCUCAGAGUCAGAAUUCAAUUCUACAAUUAUCAAAUAUAACACUCUCUAUGAACAAUAUAGGAUCAAGUACUCAUCUCCAGAAAUGGAGCAAAUAUCAUACUAUUCCAUGCUCACUUUUAAAACGCUAUCCUCGAUUGAACAGAUAAAAUCAAGCAAAGAUAACAUUGACGAGAGCGAGAAAAAGAACUUUGAACAAGAUUACUUGGAGAGCGUGACAGAAAUUCAAAAUCUAACCAUGGAAGUAGAUUCAUUAAAAUCUGAGAUUGAUCGUUUCAAACAUGACAACUACAAACUAGAGUUGGAAAUACGAAACAAACACAAUUUGGAGAUGGAAAUUCAAAAUCUACAAACAAAGAUAACAAGCAUAGAGAAAGAACAAAAUUCUACACUCAAAGAGAAUGAAACUUUAAGGUCCAGUAUUUCAGAUUAUGAAACUCAGUUAAACAUGUUACGAAAACAAAUCUCAACAAUGACAGAGAAGCAAACUUUAAUGGAAGAGCAGUACGAAUCACUCCAAAAUGAACACAAACAGACCAUUGAGAAAUAUCAACAAGUCCUACAAAAAUCCGACAAAUUACAGAACGACUAUGAAGAUGAUACUGAACAAUUGCGCAAACAAAUUUCUGGGUUGCAAAAAGAAAAUUCAAUCCUGAUAGAGAAUGAAUUGCAACUGAAAAAGAAAAUCUCUGACUUGGAAAAUGAAAAUGUAUGUCUCAAAGCGACACAUGAAGAGCAAGAGAAACAACGACAAUCCACAAUUUCCUCACAAGACCAAGAAAUUUCUGACCUUAAAAAGAAAUUACAUUCACUGGAAAAUGAGAAACGUGAGAUGAUUCAGAAUCACAUGACCUCGUCGCAGAUGGAAGAGUCUCAACGUAGUGAGCUUGAAAAAAAAGUUGAAACCUUGAACAAGAAAUUAGAAAGAGCUCAAGGUAACAUUAAAGACUUGACAGAAUCACAUGCAAUGGAAAUGGACUCUAUACGCAAACAGUUAGAGGAUUGUGAACGUUCUCGUCAAGAGAUUGAAUCAAGAAAUGUUAAAUUGGCUCUCGAUUUUCACAAUUUGGCUUCUGAAAUUCAAACCAACAAGGAAGAUCAUUAUUUGAGAGAGGCCAAAACGGUGAGCUAUUUGAGCGUACUUGAUACGUUGCUUGGAGAGUUAAUGGCUUACCUGGUACAUAAUUAUGAUUUGUGUGAGAAGUUGCCAGAUCUUGGAGCUAGAGCAGAAGACAUUAAAUAUUUACAUGACGAGCUGAGAGAAGUAUUGAAAAACUUUAACACUGAAAGUGUUGACUUUAGCGUGGUGAGGAGAAUUGAAGAUGUCAUUAGAUUAAUUGUCAAGGAGUUAGAUCACCCAAACAAAACCAACAACAAUCAACGACUGGUAUAA